AUGGUUCGACACAGCCUAGCCGAGAUCAACCAGCAAUGUACUGAGCUACUUCACCUCGCCCCUGGAACACCUAUAACCCAAUAUCAUAUUCGAAAAACUAAACAGAUCAUGAAAGAAAUUGUCGCAAAUGAGAAUGAACAAGCAACUGCAGAUCCAAGUAGUACCAGUCAACCUACUCCGAAACCUAGCACGAUUCCGAAGAGACAAACUACUGUCUUGGCCAGUACUAGUCGACCUACUCCAAAACCUAGCACGAUUCCGAAGAAACAAACUACUGUUGUCUUGGCCAGUACUAGUCGACCUACUCCAAAACCUAGCACGAUUCCGAAGAAACAAACCAAUGCGGUUGACCUAAGUCUAUCACAGCCAACCCCGUCAAACUAUAGCGCAAGAUUUGAUCGAGAAGAUCUCGAGUUUGUACUUGACCGUAUCUCAAACGAGUCUAAUCAAAGAAAUCUCAUGGGUGCUGGGUCAAAAACAAAAGUGGGAGGUUUAAGUCGCAAGGCACACUGGAAUAUCUUUGCUACUCUAGUCAAUAGCUCACAUAAUGAUCGAAUUCGAGCAAACGGUAGACAUUCUUCAAACAAGCUAUCACUUGAUGGUAGUGCACUUGGCAAACGAUUGAACGAAAUAUUUGGUGAAAAGGUGAACGUGGCUCCGGGUGCAAUCCGCAAUAGCAUGGAUUUAGACGCGGGCUUGGAUGAUGAGGACUCUGAGGAAUCAUCUGAACAUGAAGAUGAAAACAUAUUGUCAUCAACUGAAAUCUUGAGAAAGGCAGCACGUAUUGAAGAGCUCGAAGAUGUUGAAGAUGAGAUCAAAUCGCCUGUACCCUCUUUGAAGGAAUUUGAUGUUGAAGACGAUGAAACUCAACAACACCCCGAUAACCUUCAAGACUUCUUACACGCCAAUUCACCUGACUUUUCAAAUGAGAUCAAGGAGCCAAUUUACAUACAGCCUGAUCAACAAGCUCUACCUCCUCGCCAAAGCAUCAAGCGUAAGGCCAAAUUACAAUCCCCGAUUGAUCUUUCAGAGGAAGAAAUCGAAGAAGAACCUGACCUACAGUCUCGAUCCACUCCAAAACCGAAAACCCGAAAAACUGAAAAGGCUUCAAAGGCUUCAAAGGCUUCAAAGGCUGUUGCAGAUCAACCAUUAAAACCCUUGCCACCCAUGAAUGAAGAUGAUGUUCGACGUAAGAAGCCAGUGGCGAAUGCAAUGAUGCAGGCUCAAACAUUGACAAUGCAAUUUUAUAAUGAAAAGAUGAAAGAAAAAGAAGAAAAAGAAGAACUUAAAGAAAAACAGAAAAUCGUUUGGGAAAGAGAGAAAUUUGACUUGGAAACCGCCCGGAUGGCUCAGAUGAAGCAAGAUGACUUGGAACGCGAAGCUCGGGUUGCUGAAGCUCAAUGUGAUCGUGAUUUGAAGCUUGCUUCAGCUAAAUCAGCUGAAGACGAAAGAAGAGAAUGA